AUGGUCACUUUGGAAUUUAAUAAUGUUACAGAUUCGGUAGUCAAGAGUUAUAACGAUUUAAAGAAAAAUCUUUCCCACGAAGACUAUAAUAGCUUAAUAUCAGCUAUUAGAAGCGAUAUAGAUGAGUUCAGCAAUGGAGAAUCAAGUCCAGAUAAUAGUAUUGAAAGGGUUAUAAAAGGUAUUAAUGAACAAUACCCACAUUUAUCUUCAACUAUUAGGGAUAUAUUUGGAAAGGACCCUAAUGAAUAUACUACACGAACUUGUGGACAAAAUUUAAAUGUAGAUCUCAUUGUUGAUGAAUUAUGUGGAAUUCUGGAAAAUAAACAGAUAACAUACAUUGAGCGAGUGCUAUAUUCCGAUUUAUCUCGCGAUGAAAAAAUCUCCAAAUUAUCAAUUGCAUUAAAGGAUGAGCCUAAGGUACUAGAGAAAUUACUGGCGUUAAUACCAACAGGGGUCAUAGAUCCAAGACAAAGUACUGAAAAAAAUGAAGAGCAAAUAUCAAGCAUACGGUCAACUCUAUCGCAAAAUACAGAUAAUCGUUGCGCUAAGUUUUCAAUGCUUAGCUCAAAAGAUACAUUUUACACGCCAAUAGAUAGGCCGACCAACAUGGCUGAAUUUCUCAUUUACUUCCGGAACUUGGUCUAUGACGAAUCAAUAUAUCCAGAAUUCUUGAAAUUAAUGAAUUUAUUUGCACAAAGCUUAAUCGACUUAAACACUUUCACUAAAAGAGCAUAUAUUUUUUUUGGUUCCCACAAUGGACUCAAAACAGCUUUUGGAAAUAUAAUGAGUGAAUACAAAGAUAUUCACCAAAGAAUGAAACCAACUUUGAAAUCCAAUGAUUUCGAUGAUAUAGAAGAUUUUUCUACUGAAUCUGGUCCGAGUUAUAAAAGACUUUCUGGCUUUGAAACCCGAGCCUCAUGUCACGGAAGAGAUAGACUUUGUCAUGAAGUUCUUAAUGAUGAAUGGGUGGGCCAUCCCGUAUGGGCUUCAGAAGAAGUUGGCUUCAUUGCACAUAAAAAGAAUCAAUAUGAAGAGACACUCUUUAAGGUAGAAGAGGAACGCCAUGAAUAUGAUUUUUUCUUACUUUCGGUUGAACAUUUAAUAGUUAAGUUUACCGAAUACGAAAAAAGUCUUCAGCUUUCAAAGGACGACGGAAGACGUAGAAACAGAGUAUCAUCUCCAAAGGAACCAAUGAUAUCGUUAAAUAGCAUUACUGAGAAAGUAAUAAGAAGACUCUAUGGAAUUGAACAUGGAAACAUUCUCAUUGAUGCAAUUAAAACGAAUCCUGAGAAAGUUGUACCUACUAUACUUAAAACAGCAAAGGAAAAAUAUCAACAAUGGAAUUCUGCAAAGAAUGAAUGGAAUAAAGCAUGGAGAGAAGUUGAACAAAAAGCAUACUAUAAGUCUCUAGAUCACUUAGGGUUACCAUUUAAAAAUGCAGAGAAGCGGUUUCUAAACGACAAACAACUGCUCUUGGAGUACAAAUCUGAAAAACAGGACAAACUAUUAAAGGAGCACUAUGAUAAUUAUGAAUAUAAGUAUGAAUUUUUUGAUAAAUCAGUUCUUUAUGAUGUAAAGGACAUCAUUUUAUGUGGAUUAAGAUCUAAUUCAUCGACUAGUGAAUCCCAAAAGAAUCUCUACUGUCAAAUUUUUGAAGCAUUUUUUGAUUUAUUGUUUGAGGAGUCUUCUUUUACAAAGCAUUUAGAUUUCCAGUUUUGCCACAACCCUGCAAUCUCAUCAAAUUCGCAAAUAAGUGAAGAUGACGUUGAGGCAAUGUUUAUGAAAGGGAUUUUAGAAGAAAAGGGGCUUGGAAGGUGGUUUAGUAAUGAUACAGAACUCAAAAAAGAAUUCUCGAACCGACAAAAUAUUAAUAUAUUUUGUGAUAUUAAUAUUAUGAGUCUCUUUCAUUACAUUCAAACACUCUAUGAACGUUAUAAUGACGUUAAAAUUGCUGAGACAACCAUAUUGAAGGACUUGCGGACAAAAAAAAGAAGGCCGUCCCUACUUGCUAAGUCUCUCAAAUUACUUCCGAUGCAACUUAGCGAUAAUGGGUUGGAACUAGGUCAGGAUGAUGGAUACGAAUGGAUCAAAACUACAUCGAAGAAAUUCCUAAGUGGAAAUUUGGAUCAUCAGUGGUUUGAAGAAAGCUUGAGAAUAAACUUUGAAAACAAGGCAUACAAGUUGUACACUAUCGACAGAGUUAUACGAAAUAUAUUGGGAGUGAUUACUACCAUUUCUCAAACCCCCUCGCUUUUACAAAUACUUGAUUUACUUGUUGAUAACAUGAAAAAAUUAACAACUACGAAGCUUCAACAGUUAACUUACAGAACAAAGGUCAGAAUGUUAAUGGAUGGUGUUGGUGAUAUGUUCAGGUUGGAAAUAGUAAGAGACAGUAAUGCGAUUUAUGGUCAAUAUAUCGGUGUAGAUGAUCUAUUACAUGCUCAACUAGACAAGAACAAACUGGAACAUAGCCUGUAUUGCCAGGAAUAUUUGUCGGCAGAUGCAACAAAAUAUUUAGACACUGAUGGACUAAACACCCCAUACUAUUCUUUAAACUUGUUAAAAAGAGAAGAGCAAAACAUACCGUUCAUGAACGGCAACAUAUACAAACCACAUCUGUCAGUCAAUAUCAAUCCAUUGGAUUAUGUGGUCGAUAUAGCACCUGGUUCCAUAGAUAUUUGUUCAUCAACGCACAUAACGAAGCUAAAAUCAAGCCUCAAGAGUAGCAGGAAAACUCAAAUGGCCUCACUAAUCUCAAAAAUAGCAAAAAAUAGGAAGCAACAACGGGCAAGAACGAUUGGAACCAUGAAAUAA